UUAUUUUGUAUCAUCUAACUAGGACUUGAUUGCUACUCUGAUUCUUGAUCAAUUAAUCACAGUUUUUGCCAUUUCUUCACAGUAUAAGAUUCCAAAAACAACAAAUCUUCACAUUGUAGAAGCUGGAACCAGAUCAGAAUAACUUCAAGCUGAGGCAACGAUGCCUAAUCGAUUAAUCAAUUAGUCGAUUGACAGAGAGGGGUGAAUGUUAAUUAACCAGUGAGACAUUUUUUCAAGCAAACAUUCAAUGUCUACACUCUCAAAUUGUGAGAAAUUGCUGCAUUUUUAAUACGAUAUUAAACUAAAUAUGAUUUUUGGACUGCUGUCAGAAAUAAAAAAAAAUAUAUAUCUGAAGACAGACAGGCACUUUUAAUACUUUCUUUAUAGACUCACACACACACAAAGAGUGUGUGAAAACCUCCUCUUUGCAUAUAUUCUGGUGCCAAACAGAUAUUUACAGAUAUUAUUGAUUUGACUGUCUGGGCCUGUUUGAAUAAUGAUGAUGAUAAUAGCAAUAAUGAUCAUUCCUCUGUGCUCCAGCAUGCCUGUGGCUUGCACUGCAUUACUUGGCAGAAAUGUGACAUUAAUUUGUCCUUGUGGAGAAAAUGUUUGUGGUUUGGUUUGUGCACGAAAAGGCUUUGGCACUGACGUUAAAACUCUCAGACCUCCCUCUCUCUCUCUCUCUCUCUCUCUCUCUCUCUCUCUCUCUGUUCAUAUACUCCGCUACAUUCCGCUCACUGCCUCCAGUCGCGGUUAACGGGCGUGCGGUUGCCAGGAGAGACGCGCGUACGGUGUGCAGCUUUAACGGCGGAGCGGCACCGGCUCUCUCCACCCUCCACACACACACACACACACACACACACGCACAAAUACGCACAAACACACACACACACACACACACACCCGCCAUUUCCUCGUGCCGAGCCCUGGAAUGUCGGGCUCUUCCUCGCGGAAGGAGUUCGAUGUGAAGCAGAUCCUCCGGAUCCGAUGGAGGUGGUUCGGUCACCCCGCGGUACCUCCUCCUCACUCCCCGCCACUGGGAGACUACUUCGCCGGGAGGAGAGCGGGCGGCGGCGGCGGCAGCGGCUCCGGAGACGGACCUUCAGUUAGCGGUUGUAGCAACCCGAAUCCAGCCGGUGGAAACCCGAGCGCUGCGGGGAGUCACGGCGGUUUGGUGGCGAGCGGCAGCGCCGGGUCUAACCUGUGCAACGGCAGCGGCAGAAAGUUUGCCGAUCAGCCGGGGAGUCGUGCUGGUCCUGGGGGAGCGGCAGCUGGAGCGACGGGCAGCUCCUGUCCACGCUCCUUCAGCCAGCCAGAGUGCAGGAGCUCCGCCGCCGCUGCCGCUGCUUUGUCCUGGGUCUCCCCGCCACCUCAGCGCCGCUCCCGGCCGUUGACGAGCAUGGAGCCGCCUGGAGAGGCUCAGGUGCCCCAGCUGGUACCCGACCCCUGCGCUCAUGCCGGGGCUGAGGAGGAGGAGGCAGCGGCGGCGGCGGCGGCACCUGCACAGGCAGCGCCGGGCACUGAGGAUAACAACCACCCAGAAACAGACUCCAGCUCCUGCAGGAACAGGACGUCUAACAGCAGCGCGACGUUGUCCUCAUGCAUGUCGAUGGAGCCAUGUGCAUGUCCGGAGGAGUGUAUGUUCACCGCUCUGUCCCACGCCGACGCCACCUUCCGCAAGAUGGAGGGCUACCUGAGGUCCAGACAGCUGUGUGACGUCAUCCUGGUGGCCGGAGACAGGCGGAUACCUGCACACAGACUCGUCCUCUCAUCCGUGUCGGACUACUUCGCGGCCAUGUUCACCAGCGAUGUGAGGGAGGCCAAGCAGGACGAGGUGAAGAUGGAAGGAGUGGACCCUGAUGCACUGUGGGUCCUGGUGCAGUAUGCAUACACAGGGCGUCUCGAGUUGCGGGAGGACACCAUCGAGUCUCUGCUGUCGGCCUCCUGCCUGCUGCAGUUGACGUCGGUGGUUCAGGCCUGCUGUUCGUUCCUCAUGAAGCAGCUCCACCCCUCCAACUGUCUGGGUAUCCGCUCCUACGCCGACGCUCAGGGCUGCAGUGACCUGCAGAGGGCCGCUCACGCCUACACCAUGGAACACUUUUUAGAGGUGGUGGGAGGCCAGGAGUUCCUGUUGCUCCCCUUGGAGGAGAUGGAGAGGCUGCUCACGUCUGAUGACGUCAACGUGCCAGACGAGGAAACCGUGGUAACCGCUUUACUAACGUGGGUCGGUCAUGACGCCGCCACGCGGGAACGUCACUUACCUUUGCUGCUGGCUCACAUCCGACUGCCACUGCUGCAGCCACAGUUCUUGGCAGAUCUGGAGUCCAACCCUCUGCUCAGGGACAGCAUGGAGUGCCAGCGGCUGCUCAUGGAAGGCAUGAAGUAUCACCUCUUGCCCCAGCGCCGGCCCCUGCUUCAGAGCCCCCGCACGCGGCCACGAAAAGCCACAGUCGGGGCCAUGUUCGCCGUCGGAGGCAUGGAUGCCACGAAAGGUGCCACCAGCAUCGAGCAGUACUGUCUGCGUCGGGACACGUGGAGGCAGGUCGCCACCAUGAGUGGACGCAGACUGCAGUUCGGCGUAGCUGUCCUUGACGGCCGUCUCUAUGUGGUGGGCGGCCGAGACGGACUCAAAACCCUCAACACUGUAGAGUGUUACAACCCGCACAGCAAGACCUGGAGCGUCAUGCCGCCCAUGUCCACGCACAGGCAUGGUUUAGGUGUAGCUGUCCUAGAGGGGCCCAUGUACGCAGUGGGAGGACAUGAUGGCUGGAGCUACCUCAGCACGGUGGAGAGGUGGGACCCCCAAGCUCGCCAGUGGAGCUUUGUCGCGAGCAUGGCUACACCCAGAAGCACAGUGGGAGUCGCUGUGCUCAAUGGCAAGUUGUAUGCAGUUGGAGGUCGUGACGGCUCAUCCUGCCUGCGCUCAGUGGAGUGUUUCGACCCCCACACCAACAGGUGGAGUGCGUGUGCUCCUAUGGCUAAAAGGCGAGGAGGUGUGGGGGUGGCCACAUGGCACGGCUUCCUGUACGCCAUCGGAGGUCACGAUGCUCCGGCGUCGUCUCUUGCAUCUCGGCUAAGUGACUGUGUGGAGAGGUAUGACCCUCAGACAGACGUGUGGACGGCAGUCGCCCCCAUGAGCAUUAGCCGAGAUGCUGUUGGUGUUUGUCUCCUUGGCGACCGUCUCUAUGCCGUGGGCGGAUAUGAUGGGCAGGUGUAUCUCAACACUGUGGAAGCUUACGACCCUCAGACGAACGAGUGGACGCAGGUAGCUCCUCUGUGCGUGGGCAGAGCAGGAGCAUGCGUGGUGGCCGUCAGACUGUGAUAACGCCAACGCAGACGUUCAAAGGAGGACGGUGACUCGUCUGUGUCACCGCUGACGAAGUCACACCAAGAAAAAACCUGCCAGACACCAGGAAGCCAGAGACCGACGGCAGGUUCAUCAGAUUUGACUCUUUCCUGCCGCUCAUCUCGACGUUUUUUUAAAGGGUUAAAGUCACGUGUCAGGUCUCUGAUGAUGAAGUUUUCAUGUUUGAGCAUAACUUCUGCCACUGACGCGGCUGAUGAUGAGGAGGAAUCGGCGAGCAUGACAGAACAGCUGUCUCGCUUGCCUAUUAUUUUGUUCCUGUAGACAAGGUGGGACACACACAAACCUGCAUGUCUGCUUUCAGCUUCUAUUUCUGCUGACAGAAAGGUGAAAGAGACACAGAGAGAGAGAGAGGGAGGAGAGGGAGAGAUUGUCAGGACUGUUGAGAUGCCUCAUCAUUUUUUACACUCUCAGUUUUCCUAACAAUAUCUGAUCGUGUGUUAUUGAUGCUGUUUUAAUGUAUUCCCUAUUAUUUUCUGCUGCACUUGGCACACUGCUCUCCUCUUUCUUUCUGUUUUUUUUUUUUUGUUUCACCCGCUGACAGAUGAAACAAAGACUUUUGACAUAAUCAGCACAACCUUAUGAACAGCCAUACUGUAAGAAACUGUGACGCUCUUUAUUCAUCACACGCUCUAUCGAAUAUUUCUGCGCUCGUGUGUCUUCCACGUUGCAUCAGCUCACAUCUGAGGCCUACAGCGUCGAAGCUUUUUUUUUUUUUUUUUUAACAACCUAAGCUGGAAAAUCCUCCAACUUUUUUCUUUUUGUUUUUUAAUAUUCUAAUCCAGCCAUUGUUCCCAUAAUUGAGGUCCAUGAAGUGCUGUUACUGGGUUUAUAGCCUCAGUAAUAAUCAGAGUAACUGUGCCCCUUUUGUUCUUCCCUGUAGGGAAAUUUUUAUUUUCAAUUUUCCACAGAGCACAGGGUCAGCUAUUUACAGCUUUUGGUUUUUACACAGGGUCAGUCCAGCUUUUCUGACUCCACUAUAGUUGUUUCCUCAGUGUGUGUGUGUGUGUGUUAGUGUGUGAGAUUGAGAGUAUAUUUUUAUCUCAAAUGAGAAUCUUUCCGCUUCCCCUCUCCACAUCUUCAAUUCCCUGCUGCUUUCUCUUCAUCCCCUUUUUCUCAUUUCAUCACCACACACACACACACACACACAAAUACACAAAUACACACACACACAAAGCAACACACACGCAUGCUACGUUUUAAAGCAGAACUGGAUACCCAGACACAAAAUGAACAACAGACCUAUAAUGAGCCCAUGAAUUUUUAUAUUCAGCCGGUGUAAUGUUUUGUUUGAUGUCGGGUUCAAAGCGUUAUUAGAUUUCACGCAGCUGCACACAAAGUAUGAGACAUUAGUGUUGGAAACGUGUGUG